AUGGCUCCUAUUGGAUGUAUUUGCCUGGAUGGUGACGUCCUUCCAGCUUCACCCAAGAUGCCUCGUCCUAUUUAUGGCCUCUUGACGAAGGGGAAAAAGGUUCUAAUUAACGGCAGACGAGGCCAAUACCAAGUCGUAAAAGCAUUGAAGCAGAAUGUCUUUCAGGCUUCGACCGCCACCGCAAGGUUUAUCCUCAAGGCUGUAAAGGCCUUCUCAGAUAUGGAUGGGCAUUUCACUGCCGUGCAUACUGUUUCUAAGGCGGAAUUAUCAAAACCAACAAUCAAACUCGGCGAUCUUGGAGCAAUAAUUCCUUCCGAGGGCUUUGACCACUGUAGACUACAGGGGGUUGAAAUCCGUGCCCCAGAAAUUUGGAAGGGAGCGUUACCUACCCCACCCUGCCAGGUGUGGUCUGUUGGUGUGACUUUAACACAUUUCUUUGCAAAUCGGGUCAUUUUUGGGAACUGGGAUCAAGAUUGUCGUGCUCAGGAGUUUCCCCUUGAAGUGAACAAGUCUGCUUGGGCAAUUGGCAAUAUCAUCAAACUCAUUGGACCCAUAAAACGAGAUGAGGACCCUAAAUACCAAGCUGAAUUUGACCUGGCAGAAAUUUUUGUGAAACACGGCCUUGUCAAAGUUGGAUCUCUUGAAGAAGAGCUAGCCAAAGUCAAUGCUCCAAAGGGUUUUGUUGACUUUAUCCACUAUAUUCUAACUAUCGAAGACAAGACACGACCAACGGCAGAACAAGCACUACAGCAUCCAUGGCUUCAGGGCUUGACGUGA